GUGCGGAGAGGACAUUUCCUCUAAGACAGGCCAAGAUGAGGAGCUGGUGGCUGUCUCUGCUGCUCGUCUCUGCUGUCACAUUACACGGCUGUCUCUCUGACACUGCAGAACCUGAGGUCCAAGAUGGAAGAUCUAUAGGAGACGUCAUUGACCUCUACAACCAGAGGGAGGGGGUCACAUACUUAUAUAAAUCCCUGGACCAGCUGCCCCCUGUUCCACUGGAGGAAGAUAAAAAUCUGAACAGAAGACGCUUUAUCAUUAAAGAGACGGUGUGCCUCAAAUCCGAGAAUCCUGAUUUAUCGCAGUGCGAUUUCAAGCACGACGGAGAUGUGAAGAUCUGUUCUCUGGAUCUGGUUGAUGAGGAUCCUGAGGAUAUAAUGUGCACCAGUCUGAACAAGGUAGAUUAUUUUUUCAGACUCCAUCAUUGUUCCAGCAGUAGUACAAGGGAGACAUGUGUAGAGGCCUCUUCCAAGCUCCAUCUCUACUCCACCGGUAUAGAAUGUCCGUAUCAAAAGGAAUGAGAAAAAGAAAUGUGAGGAGCCUGAAAAAAAAAAACAGUGUCCGAGACCAGGAGCAUGUAGUGUCAUCUCUGUAUCCAUCAAUGAGUGAAACCAUCUGUCCUGUUUGUAGCAAAGUCAGAGACGUAGCAGAGCUAGAGAUGUAGAGCGCCCACAUCAUGUAAAUUCUGUUUAAGUAAUGAUUCGGCCUGAUAUCCAUAAAUAAAAAUGCUCAUAUCAAACCUUGCA